AACAACAUUCUUUGCCAGCGAUCAAUUUUCCGUUCUAUAACCAUGGCUAAUCGCAAUCUGGUUAAAGUUUUACUUCUGGUGGGAUUACUCGGAAUGAGUUUGAUGCCAUUUAGCCAAGCACAUCCGAAACGUGGUCGCAAACGGUCCUUCGGAGUAGGUCUUUUGGGUGGAGCAGGAUUGGGUUUUUUGGGUGGCGCAGUUAUAGGCAACGCAAUGGCCAAGUCCCAUCAAACUCCAGCUGCCACACCUGCUCCUCCGGUGGCGGUGGUGCAUCACCACUAUCCGGCAGGAGCUCCUGUUCCCGUUGCGAUGGCCGCACCUGCCCAUCCAGAUCCCAAGAAGACGACCGUCAUCGAAACAGGCACCCCCGAUGCCAAUGGAUGCUACACGCAAACCAUCCGGGAGCCCAAUCCCAACAAUCCAAAAUCCUACACGGAAACGCAGCAUCUGAUUUGUCCCACGUUGCAGCAGGCCAACCAGCCAGCUCCUGCGAUUGCUCCUGCUGCAAGUGCUGGCCAUGUUCCUGUGAUGCCCCAGCCCUCGCCGGUGUUCCCUGCCCCUGUGGCAGGACAUCCAGCUCCAGUUGCUGCUCCUGCUGCAGUGCCUCAUGCUGCUGCCCCCGUUGUUCCUGCGGCAGUCGCUCCUGCUGCUCCCGUUGUGGUUCAUCCUGCUGCUCCUGUUGUAGUUCAUCCUGCUGCUCCCGUUGUCGUCCAUCCUGCUGCAGUUCCCGCGGCAGUUCCAGCUCCGACCCCGAUUGCCCCCGCAGUUCAGGCCCAUCCAGGACAGCCGCAGGUCAUCCUGCUGUCAAAGAAAACCGUGUACUAUCCCAAAAAACGGUCAUCCGCACCCACACUCAACAUUCCGCAGGGAGUGCUGGCCAUGCUAGUGAUCUUCUACAGCAUAAAGGCUUUUCUAAUUUAAA